AUGGUAACGCCCCAGUCGUACGAGGCAGUGGAGCCCCUAGACCUGGAGGAGUUCCUCAUGUCCCAACUGCAGAGUGGAGACCAGGCCCUGAUGCAGGAGCUGGGCGACUUCCCCAACGAUGACCUGCAGGUGGAGCAGGUGGAGAAGCAGUGUCGCACCGUCCGACACUCGGUGCCUGAGGACGGGGUGGAGUUGGAUUCACAUGUGAAAUCCCCUUCGCUGGCAGGCCUCAGUGAGGACGCUGGGCGAACUCUGACCUCGUCUGACUUUGACCUGCGGUGUUUGACCCCUGACCCCCGAGUAGAGGGGCUGCUGAGGUUCAGCACCCCAGAGGAGCUGGACCGCCUCAACCACGAGGCGCGGCAAGCGGGGCGCCACCCGGAGCUGUUUGCCCUCUACCCCCCAGCAGAUGAGAUCUCAGAGAACUUUUACUGUGACCUGAACCCCGACCAUCUGAGGGGUUACCUCAAGGGUCACACCCCCCAGGUGGACCACUCCAGCCUGGCCAGGUCUGCCAUCUUCUCCGUCACGUACCCCUCACCGGACAUCUACCUGGUCAUCAAGAUUGAGAAGGUUCUUCAACAAGGGGAGAUCAGCGACUGUGCUGACCCUUACAUCAACUUGCGGGAGAGCGACCAGAAGAACAAGGACAAGUUGGACAAGCUGCGGGGCCAGGCGGAGACGUUCUGCCACCGGCUGGGCCGGUACCGUAUGCCCUUUGCCUGGGCCACCAUCAACCUCACAGAGAUCAUCAACAGCGCCACGCCAGAGCGCGACUCCGUGGACACGGACAGCCUCAAAGGAGGGAAAAGCAACAGCAUGGACAGAAGAGCACAACUUCCCCGGCGGAACUCAGAGCGGUACGCUACCUUAGAUGAUCAACCCUGUAUCCUGUCUGGCUUCAAACCUGCAACCAUCACCAUCAGCACAAUCUUCAGACAGGAAGGGGACCGCCUAAGUGACGAAGACCUCCUCAAGUUCUUGUCUGAGAUUAAGAAGACAUCGGCCCCCCAGAGGAGAGUCAGGACUAUACCAGGUAUCAUUAAGCUGGACAUCUCGCCGUUCCAUGACAUGCCCCAGGCGUGUCUGUCCAGCGAGCUCAUUCCCCUGGUGCCGGUGGCUGAGAAGAACAUCCGACCAAUCAAGGAGGUCCUAGAGUUUCCUUCCAGUGAGGUCUACGUCCCUCACAGCAUUUAUAGGUCUCCAGACUUCUAUGAGGAGGUGAAGCUCGCCCUGCCCGCCCAGCUGACUGAGAGACACCACCUGCUGUUCACCUUCUACCACAUCAGCUGCCAGCAGAAACAGAACCAGCCCAGCUGCGAGACCCUCAUAGGAUACUCCUGGCUGCGCAUGCUGAACAGCGACAGACUGCAGACAGGGCAGUACUGUCUGCCCAUCGUCCUGGAGCGCCUGCCCCUCAACUACUCCCUUCAUUCCCCAGAGAUUCCUCCAGUCAAGUGGAUGGACAGUCACAAAAGCCUGUUCAACGUGGAGAUCCAGGCGGUGUCUUCCGUGCACCCACAGGACAACCACUUGGAGCGCUUCUUCACGCUGUGUCGCGCCCUGGAGGGCGGAGUCAGCUUCCCGCUGCGCGUGAAGGAGGAGAAGAUUCCCGAGAACAAGCUGGAACAGGAGCUGAAGCUGAGCAUCGUGUCCCUGUCCUCGUCCCGCUUGGAGCCCCUGGUGCUCUACCUCCACCUGCUGCUGGACAAGCUCUUCACCCUCAUCAUGCAGCCCAUGGUCAUCGCAGGCCAGACCGCUAAUCUGGCGCAGAUAGCCUUUGAGUCUGCGGUGUCCAUCGUCAACAGCCUUCACAACAGCCAGGAGCUGGCCAGAGACCAGCAGGGCAGGAACGAGCUGUUGUCCACCUACCUCUACUGGGUCUUCUGUCUGCCCCGUUCCCCCCGGGACGUACAGGGUGCAGCAGCAGGUUCUGUGCAGCCCUCUUCUGAGGCCCGCUUCAGCACCAUGGGCCGGGCCACGGCCAGCACCAUCGGCACCAUGCUGCUCCAGUCCCGCAUCCGCAGCAGCAGCAACCCGGACAUCCCCGGAGCCCCACCCUCCCCCGAGGACGCAGAGGUCAACCACAUCCUCAACUCUAAGGGCCAGAACAACCCAGGGAGCCGCAUGUCCACCUACGUGGACGCUAACACUCACUCCCAGAGCGCCACAGGGGGCACCAGGCCCUCCAGCAGAAAGCAGUUCCACGAGGAGCUGGCCCUGCAGAUGGUCGUGAGCACCGGCGUGUGCCGGGAGAACGCCUACAAAUACGCCUGGUUCUUCUUCGAGCUGCUGGUGAAGAGUAUGGCACAACACGUCUCGAAUCUAGAGAAAGGCAGAAUGCCACGACAGAGUCGGUUCUCUGAUCGGUUCAAAGAUGAUAUCACCACCAUCGUGUCCGUGGUGACCGCUGAGAUCGCCACCAUCCUAGUCAAGCAACAAAAGGAGCAGGAGCAGGCAGAGAAAGUAAAUAUCAGCCUGGCCUUCUUCCUGUAUGACCUGCUGUCUCUAAUGGACAGAGGCUUCGUGUUCCAUCUGGUGAAGAACUACUGUAACCAGAUGUCAUCCAAGGGUAUUCUAAUGCCCACGUUGAUCAGCAUGCGCUUGGAGUUCCUGCGCAUCCUGUGCAGUCAUGAGCACUACCUCAGCCUCAGCCUCUUCUUCAGUAGCACAGCCUCCGCUCCCGCCUCCCCCUGCCCCUCCAUCUCCUCACAGACCUCCAGCUCAUACAGCUACCAGGAGCAGCAGCGGAUUCUGGGACUUUUUGAACUGACUCAGGAGUUCAAGCAGCAGCACUAUCUCACUGGUCUGCUGUUGACAGAGCUCAGCGCUGCACUGGACAUGGAGUCAGAGGGGGGAAAGGUACAGAGGAAGGCAAUCAAUGCCAUCUACAGCCUGCUGUGUGCCCACGACCUAGACCAACGCUGUGUGAAACCUGAGGUCGGAGCAAAGGUCGCUGCGCUCUACCUCCCCCUAGUGGGCGUCAUCAUCGACUCCAUCAAUUACCUGGACUUCACAGUCUCCGAAGCGCGCAGCGGGAAAAACAAGACUGGCGGACCUGACGACGACCUGGAAAAUGUCCCUCCUAUCAAUCAGUCUGUCGCCAUGGCAAUCGCUGGGAACCCUUUCAACACCCUGGGGAGAAGUGCUCUGGUUUCCAUGGCAUCCGUCCAAAGUAAGUCAGUGGCCACGCUGGCGGCGGACACCAGCCGGCACCUGCUGGUGUGUUUCCUGUGGGUGAUGAAGAACGCGGAGAGAGGCCUGAUCCAGCGUUGGACGGUGGACAUGCCCUCCUCCCAGCUCAACCGCCUGCUGGAGCUCCUCACCAUCUGUGUCUCCUGCUUUGAAUACCGGGGUAAGCAGAGCAGUGACAAGGUGAGCAACCAGGCGCUGCAGAAGUCCCAGCAGGCCAAGCUGCAGCUGGAGGAGGCCCUGCUGAGAGGCAUGGGCGCGCGGGGAGAGAUGAUCAGAAGAGUCGGAGCCGAGUUGGACCAAGAGGCUGUCAUCAGUGGAAACCUGGCCACCGAGGCUAACCUCAUCGUGUUGGAUCUGCUGGAGACCAUCGUACAGGCGAUGCCGCUGGCAGACUGCAAGGACAACGUGACGGGUGGGGUCCUCAAAGUGCUGCUCCACUGCCUCACCUGCAACCAGAGCUCCAGCUUCCUCUCACACGCCUUCAGCACGCUGCGAGCUCUCCUAAUCAAGUUUGGAGACCUGCUGUUUGAGGAGGAGGCUGAGCAGUGUGCAGACCUGUGUCAGAAGGUGCUCCAGUACUGCAGCAGUCCAGUGGAUGAGAACAGGAGCCAGGCCUGUGCCACCCUCUACCUCAUCAUGAGAUACAGCUACAGCAACGCCAGCAACUUCUCCAGGGUGAAGAUGCAGGUGACCAUGUCCCUGGCCUCGCUGGUGGGUCAGUCGUCUGACUUCCAAGAGGAGUAUCUGCGGCGCUCGCUGCGCACCAUCCUGGCCUACGCUGAGGAGGACGGCGAGAUGAGGAACACGCAGCUGCCCUCCCAGGUGGAUGAGCUACUGCGGAACCUCAACAGCAUCCUGUCCGACACGGUGAAGAUGCGGGAGUUCCAGGAGGACCCGGAGAUGCUCAUGGACCUCAUGUAUAGGUGGAACAUCUCCCCCAACGUGUUGGAGGAGUCCGCUGUGUCUGAUGACAUCCUGUCUCCGGAUGAGGACGGCGUGUGCUCCGGCCGCUACUUCACCGAGAACGGCCUGGUGGGGCUCCUGGAGCAGGCCGCCGAGCUGUUCAUCACGUAA